CGGCGGCGCGAUGCUGGGGCUGCUCGUGCCUGUGCUGGCCUUGGCGCUCGCCUACUUCGCGCUGCUGGACGGAUGGUACCUGGUGCGCGUGCCGUGCGCCGUGCUGCGUGCGCGCCUGCUGGAGCCGCGCGUCCGCGACCUGCUGGCCGAGCAGCGCUACGGGGGCUGCGUGCUGCCCUCGGACCUGGACCUCCUGCUGCACAUGAACAACGCGCGCUACCUGCGCGAGGCCGAUGUGGCGCGCGCCGCGCACCUGGCCCGCUGCGGCGUGCUGGAGGCGCUGCGCGCCCUGGGGGCGCGCGCCGUGCUGGCCGCGUCGUGCGCGCGCUACCGCCGCUCGCUGCGCCUGCUCGAACCCUUCGAGGUGCGCACCCGCCUGCUGGGCUGGGACGACCGCGCCUUCUACGUGGAGGCGCGCUUCAUCAGCCUGCGCGACGGCUUCGUGUGCGCGCUGCUGCGCUUCCGCCAGCACGUGCAGGGCACCUCGCCGGAGCGCGUCGUGCAGCACCUGUGCAAGCGCAAGGUGGAGCCCCCUGAGCUGCCUGAAGACCUGCAGCACUGGAUUGCCUACAACGAGGCCAGCAGCCAGCUGCUCCGGGCCGAGAGUGGGCUCAGCGAUGUUGCCAAAGACCAGUGACCACCACUCGCUGCCCACCAGCCUCUACCUGGCACAGUUGCCCACCUGUCCCUGCCUGCCGGGGGCAGAGUGCAGAAUGGGCUAGCCAGGCUGGGCUCUCUUUCCGAUCAACCCAGCCCCCUUCUCCCGCUCGGCCUUUCUCCCUCCCCCAUUGUUGAUGCCCCUCUGUGACCUUCCACACACUGAGCCUGGGAUGGGGUGACACAGGCGCCCAGACCUGUCUCUGCCCUCAGGGUGGAGACAGUGGGUGAAGUGGGAAGUCCAAGGCCCUUGGCAUUCAGACUGUUGGGGAGGUGUGCGGGGAGCCAGGCCUCCAUGGGCCCACGUCCAGAGGCCACUCGGAGCCAGAGGCCAUCUGGAGCUGCACUGAAUACCAGAGCCCGCCGUCAGAGCUGGGUCAGGGUGGCAGGGUCACGGCUGAUUCGGGCACAACGAGGCGCUGCCAGCAGCUCAGGGCAGGUCCUUCUGGCUGCAGGUGACAGAGGGACAGGCCAGAGGCAAGGCGGACUGGCCGGAGGGUGCUUAGGAGGGAGGCCCGGCCACCGGGGAUACCCCGGGGUAAGGACAGGACCUGUAGCCGGGGUCAGAUGGUAUGGGGGCUCCUGUGGAGAUGGUUAGUUUCCUGUCGCUGAGGGGUGUCCUGGUCGGGACCUGCUGCCCAGGAGGAAUGGAGCAGGGAGUGGGGUUCUGCCUGGUCGCUGUCUGCACCCCACCCUUGCCUAUCUGCAUUCUUCAGUGCCCAGAGGUGUGUGCUGUGUGACCAUGGAUGAGGCUCUGCCCUCUCUGGCCCUCCCACUGGGCUGUCCUUGCGCCAUAUCCUGUCUUGCUGCCCACUUUUUCCUUCUUACUGAGGGGCUGCCUCUCUGGAUGGGCAGGGCGGGGGCCGGCUCUUCUCGGCUUUGUUCCAGUGGCCUGUCCUGGUGGCUGCUCUCGGGGCCCCCUGACGGUCACCAGCCUGCUGGGAUGCUGGCCAGAGCCACCUGCUCCAGCCUCACGCCUGGCCUGUCAGCUGGGGAAAGGGAGGCCUGGAGAGAGGCAGGAACUGGCCGAGAUCGAUGAGCAAGGAAGCCCCAGCCCAGGCUCUGCGAGAUGGCUCGGCUCCCCGGCUGGCUGGGGACAUUGUGGUCAGGCCCUCGGGCGUGUGACAGCUGCUACCUGUGUGCGUGGCCUCCUGCGUGUUUGUGGCCCGUUUGCCCGUGGAGCAGCGAGAGCCCAGAACGGCCUCCUGCUGCCCCGACCAGGGGGCCCGCCGCCACCUAGCCCCUCGCCUGCCCCCGCGCUGCCUGGCAGCCGCCACGGGAGAGCUGCAGUGUCUGUUCCGUUCAAAGAACGCCCAGGAUUAAAGGGCUCCCGAUGUCAGUGUGUGGGCGCGUCCUCAUUGCGAAGCUCUGACCCCCAGAGAAACGGGGUUGCGUCCUGGUGUGGGGGCUAUCCACGCUGGGCUCCGUGAACCGAGGGCCCCAGCUGGCAGGGCAGGGUUGUCCUCAUUCCUCAGGAUAGGGGACCGAGGCUGGAAAGGACCUGCCCCAACCCCGUCCAGCCCCUGGUCUUCCCAUCCUCGGCCCCGGACGAGCCCUGCGCCCUGUUUCAGGCCUGCUCUUAGGUGUCAGUUUGU